AUGAGCAAGGGGAACGUUUAUGGAAGGAAUCGUUUAUUUUUAUUUCCACAUAGAUUUCAAUCGAGUUCAAGAAAAACAGCUAGAAGCCUACAUUCCGUACAGAAGAUGAGUUUUUCAGUUAGUUCUCUCGCUAGUUAUGUUUUUGGGACUGCUAGUGGUACGAAACUCCUAACGAUAGAAAACUUUUCAUAUCAAAACUUAAUUCGAAGCGCUUACGGCACUAACUGA